AUGGGCAUGCCGGCAGAGCCGCACUGUGAGGCCGGCUUCCAGCCGGCGACGCAGCUGAUGCACAGCAACAGCGCCGAAGCCUAUGAUUUUGACAAUGAAUUAUGCAAAGGGCAAUUCUUGGCGCUCCACCGCCCGACGCAUGAUCGCCGGCUUGACCAGUUUGGCAAAUAUCGUUAUGGAGACCACUUCCAUGGCAGAAAGCGACUUUGGGAGCUCCGCUUUCGCUUGCAGUGCAAGCGCCCGAUUCGGCAGGAAGAUCUGUUCUUCGGGAAUGAGAUGGAGGAGUUUGUGCCCAUGAACGCUGCAGCACAGAGCAUCUUGAACUUCACAGUGAAUGCGCUGGAGAUGGUCGUUGGCAAACUGAGCUAUAACAGCCCUGGCGAUCCUCCAGAGGUGGCUGGAGAGCGCGAGCGCCCGGUCAUCACGCUCCCGCUUUGGUCUUUUGAUCAGUUCAUCGUCACCGAAGAAGGUGCAACACCGCCAGAGCUCACGGAUCCAAAUUUGCACAACCUCGGUCACAAGCGCUGCGGCCAAAUGCGCAAGUACCAAGACAUGGUGAACGGGCUCGAGCUCGUACCAGGGCCGACCUUCACGUUCUGUAUUUGGGGAGUCAGCCGUUUCCUCGAUGUCAUCCAGUGGAAGCUGGCGGUACCCAUCCCUUUCCUCGGUCCUCUCGAUCUGAAUCAAUUUGUGGGCAAGCCGCCAAUGCACAUUGUCCUCUACACCUUGGAGGACGCUUCAGACUUUCUUCCUGUUGUGGCCUUGAAUUUGCUGCAGGGCUUUCGUUUUGGAUCCGGCUCUCAACUCGAUUGCAGUUGA